AUGCUUGUCACAGCAGCUCUCACCAGCAGCCCCUUCCAACUAAUAAACAGCUCUAUCACGGACGACCUGAAGAGCACCAACGGUAUCCAGUCCCGCAGCUUUACCCCGGGCUUCACAACGGGCUCUUACAACAUCCUUGAGUGGGCCCAGGGCAACUUCUAUGCCUGGGCACCACCAAUUCCUGUACACCGCGGGACCCGACUUACAUGGUCUUUGUCAGCCGACCUGGUGUCACUCAAGUUAUUUCUGAUAAGGGUUGAUGCGUCGGGGUUCGGUCUUCAGAAUUUGUGCGGAGAAAUUGAUGCUAUAUUAGAGACUUGCACGAUCGCUGAAAGUAAUUAA